UGUACGCGGUUCUCUUGCAUCAUUUCCGGGAUAGGCGGGGCCACAUGCUGCUGAUUCACAGACUGGAAGCAACGAAUAGUUGAUGAAGAAGCAGAUCAUGUCUCUGUUGUAGACUCUGAAACAUCUUCAGCCUUCCGUCCCACAGGUCGUCAUGAUCCCUACAGACUUUAAAAGCCUAAUCCAGAGGUUUUAUCAUCUUCAGUCUGAGCGAGUGGAGACAUAUCGGCUCUUUGAGGAAGGACAUGAGGCCUACUUGAGAACUGGGCCUCAGUACGACUUUGACCACUACAGGCAGCUGGUCCACGAGAUAACGCAGGCCUUCCUUGGCAUCUCCAAGGAAGUGCUGCAGAUCAAGGGCAGGCUGCACCAUGACUUUGACAGGGCCGACCUCUCUGAGCACAUCGACAAGCUGCAGAGCAAAGAGAAGCAGAAACUGGAACUGACGGCCAAGCUGCAGCUGGCCAGGCAGCGGGCCCAGGAUCACCCGGAGGACGAGGGCUGUCAAGAAAAGAUUCAGGAGAUCAAGCACGAAAUCAUCAAGAACAAAGACGCUCUGAGUGAGAUCAUGCAGGAUUUUAAGUAUGACUCUGAGGAGUCUGAUUGACAGAUGACUCCCCCUGGGACCUGCAGCCGCCCUCUCACUUCACCACACAGCGAGGCUGCGGGUCAGCUCGGCCCUGCUGCAACGUCCAUCUUGUUCUCCUCAGCUGUAAUUAUCGACCACCCCCACCCCCCUCUGGCUCCACCCUGCUCUUUGCUGCAGUCUUAUUCCACCUAGAGGGCUUUGCAGUGUGUGUGUGUGUGUGUGUUAAUGCAUGCCUCGGCAAAAAGAUAAAAAUGCUUAGGUUUCAGCGAAAUUGAUGAAAUGUGUAAAUAGUUAAAAUAAAGUUCAUCCAUCUUUGUUUACUUGAUACAUUCUAUUUUUUAAAAAUAAAAACACUUGACAAGA